UUCCACACAAAUAUUCACUAACCUUCCCGAAGAACUCAUGGCGUUUUCUCUCCUCUCUGCACCCUUCAUUCACCCCCAACUCCACCCUAUUGUGGCCAAAAUGACCCUUUUUGACACCAUGCUCUUCUAUGUGAUGCAUUUUGUGGACAAGCUUGGAUUGUGGCACAGGCUACCAGUGUUGUUGGGGUUGGCAUACUUGGGAAUUAGGAGGCACUUGCAUUGUCGUUACAAUCUCUUGCAUGUUGGAGGAGUCAGUGGUCACAAGUAUGAUACACAAGAGUAUGCAUAUAGGACGCCAUCUGGUAUGUGCAACCACCCCAAUGACCAUUUGAUCGGUAGCCAAGGGACUUAUUUUGGCCGGAACAUGCCGCCGGCGACCUUAAAUUAUGGGUUAUUGGAUCCUCAUCCAACUGUGGUAGCCUCAAAACUACUAGCGAGAAAGAAUUUCAAAGAUGCAGGGAAGCAAUUCAACAUGAUUGCUUGCUCAUGGAUACAGUUCAUGAUUCAUGAUUGGAUCGACCAUUUAGAGGACACUGAACAGGUGGAAAUUAGUGCUCCCGACGGUUAUUCAAGUGGGUGUCCUUUGAAGUCUUUCAAGUUUUUCAAGACUAAGAAAUUCAAAACAGGCACUUCAUGUAUGAAGUUUGGCUUCCUAAACACUAGGACUCCUUGGUGGGAUGGAAGCGUCAUAUAUGGGAAUAAUGAGAAGGGCAUGAAAAGAGUGAGGACAUUCAGAGAUGGAAAGCUGAAGAUAUCAGAAGAUGGGCUUCUUGAGCAUGAUGAGAAAGGAAUUCCUAUCUCAGGUGAUGUUAGAAAUUGUUGGGCUGGUUUUUCCCUUAUGCAGGCCUUGUUUGUCAAAGAGCACAAUGCCAUAUGUGAUAUGCUAAAGGUGCACUAUCCUGAUUUUGAUGAUGAACAGCUCUAUAGACAUGCAAGAUUGGUGACUUCAUCUGUCAUUGCAAAAAUCCACACAAUUGAUUGGACUGUAGAACUCCUAAAGACUGAUACUCUUCUGGCAGGGAUGAGGAUCAACUGGUAUGGAUUUUUGGGGAAGAAAUUUAAGGAUUUAUUUGGACACAUUUGUGGACCCAUACUCAGUGGAUUAGUCGGUCUUAGGAAGCCAAGAGAUCAUGGAGUUCCCUACUCACUUACUGAAGAGUUUGUUAGUGUUUACAGAAUGCAUUCACUCCUACCUGAUGAAAUUGUUCUUCGAGACAUCAAGUCUACAAGAGGAGAAUACAAAUGCCCUCCAAUACUUGAAAAAGUGCCAAUGAGGGAUAUGUUGGGAAAAGAAGGGGAAAGAAGUCUAUCAAACAUAGGAAUGAAGCAAAUGCUAGUAUCGCUGGGUCAUCAAUCAUGCGGCGAAGUUGCUUUAUGGAACUAUCCAACAUGGUUAAGGAACCUCAUUGCUCAUGAUACUGAUGGAGAAGAUAGACCUGAUCCGGUUGACAUGGCUACAAUGGAAGUUUAUAGAGACAGAGAAAGGGGAGUUGCAAGGUACAAUGAAUUCAGAAGAAACCUACUAAUGAUCCCCAUUAGCAAGUGGGAGGAUUUAACAGAUGAUGAAGAGAUCAUUGAGGCUCUCAAAGAGGUGUAUGAAGAUGAUGUUGAGAAGCUGGACUUGAUAGUGGGUCUCCAUGCAGAGAAGAAGAUAAAAGGCUUUGCUAUCAGUGAAACCGCAUUCUUUAUUUUUCUAAUGAUGGCCUCGAGGAGGCUAGAAGCUGACCGUUUCUUCACAACGAAUUUCAACUCCAAAACUUACACGGAUAAAGGGCUUGAAUGGGUAAACAGUACCGAGACUUUAAAGGAUGUGAUUGACAGGCACUUUCCUGAAAUGACUAAAAAAUGGAUGAGGUGCUCAAGUGCAUUCUCCGUUUGGGAUUCAAUGCCAGAUCCCAUAAACUACAUACCUCUAUAUUUGAGACCAGCCCCAUAAUGAUGUUAAAUUUAGAAACUUUCGGUCACAUUUUAGCCCUUCAAGCAUAGUUGUCUGCCCCGAUCCUACCGUUAAUAUAUGUAUAGAUGAUGUACUACUUUUCAUCUUUUGCUCUGUAUACUAC